UAAAACGUUUCGAUCAUAUCUUUUUGUUUUUUCUUCUCUCUCUUCCGUGCAGUUCUGUGCCUCGAAAGGAGAAAUAUCCAUUUGAAAUGAACGGAGAGGAUUGGGAAGUUGAUUGACAAAAAAAAAAAAAAAAAAAAAAAAGGAGCAAUUCAUAAUUUCCUCACGAAGAAUGAUGGUUUGUUAGAAUUUGCCUGAAAGAACGAGUUUUGUCGAAUCAGUUCGAGCGAAUAAUAACAAUAAUUAGGCCAUUCGUAACAAUACUUUGUAACAUAUUGUCUCAUUCGCCCUCCAACAGGUUUAUUGUUACUCCUGCCUCGGAGCAGGAUGAGGUAGAUAACCGCAGAAACGACGUCUGGACUAAAAGCAAUAUUUUGAUAACAACGCCUUUUAUCUGGAUUAUACCUUCGCCUCCAAAGCAUAACUGGACACCUUCAUCGGAUAAGGUAACGCCAUGCAUCUGACGAAGUAGACGACGAGGACAGCCAAGAGAGACCCCUUUUUCCCUCCGCCAAGGCGCCGCCGCCCCUGACUGAGGAGGGUCUUUCUCUUUCCUUCCUUCCUCUUCUUCUUCUUUUUCCUCUCUUCACUUCUUACCUCUCGAGGACCUCCUCCCUCAACGAAGAUGGCCAACGCGGGACAUCUGGUCCGGCGGACCUCCCAGAGGGAGAUGAUCGUCCCUCAGAAGUCCCUCGACCGACUCGAGAUGAGGGACAUGAGGAACAGACUGGUGCAGGAGAACGGGGGCCCUUCCUACGGCACCACUAACCAGGGCUUCGAGGAUCCCCAGAAGAGGACAAGCGUGAAGAAAAGGACAACAACAAGUGUGACGAUCCCUGAGGAAAGGUUUAGGCGACAGCCUGUAGUUCCCCAAGUCAAGGUUGAAUGCAACAGGGACGCAAUCUCGAGUCCUACCCGUUCAGAGAAGGAGGAGCUGGGUGCCCUCGCGUCCCCGCCUCCGGGAGACGCCGUGCCCACGGGCACCGUGACGAAACCGGGCGAAGGCGUUGCAGAAGACAGGGAGUCGUGGGACAGCAAAUGGCAGUACCUCCUGGCUGUUAUAGGCUACGCCGUCGGGCUGGGCUCUGUAUGGCGCUUCCCUUACCUCUGUCAAAAGAACGGAGGCGGGGCGUUUUUGUUCCCUUACUUGAUAAUGUUGGCUGUGGAAGGGAUUCCUAUCUUCUACCUCGAACUUGCAGUCGGGCAGCGUCUGAGGAAAGGAGCCAUCGGCGUCUGGAACCAGGUGUCUCCUUACUGUGGUGGCAUCGGAGUGGCAUCAGCCUUCGUGUCCUUUAACGUGGCCCUCUACUACAACACCAUCAUCGCCUGGUGUCUCUAUUACCUAGCGGGAAGUUUCCGAAGCCCUUUGCCCUGGUCCUUUUGUCCGAUGGAGUACUUCGGCAACGGAUCCUACAGAGAAGUCAAGGAGUGUGAGAGGAGCAGUCCGACAGAGUACUUCUGGUACAGAGAGACCCUCGAAAUUUCGUCGGACAUCAACCAUCCGGAGAAAUUCAAUUGGAAAAUUGCCAUAUGUCUACUCAUGGCCUGGUUUCUCACCUAUCUGUGCAUGGCCAAGGGCAUAGCAUCCUCAGGGAAGGUUGUAUACGUGACGGCCACUUUUCCAUACCUUGUACUGGUCAUCUUCUUCGUGAGAGGAAUUACCCUGAAGGGAAUGGAGGACGGACUCAAGCAUCUGAUUACGCCCGACUGGGAGAAGCUACUGGACCCGGUGGUGUGGCUGGAAGCAGGGACACAGAUCUUCUUCUCUCUGGGCCUGGCCUUUGGGGGCCUCAUAGCCUUCUCUUCGUACAACCCUGUCCACAACAACUGCUUCAGGGACGCCGUCGUUUGCGGGAUUAUCAACUGCUGCACGGCCAUCUUUGCCGCCAUCGUCGUGUUUUCUGUCUUAGGGUUCAAAGCGCACAUCACUUAUGACGAGUGCAUCGAGCAAAGGGCGUCCAUACUGAUGGAACUCUUCAACACGACGAGCAUAGAACCUCCGCCUCCGGGAGAAAUGAUCACCGUGGAUGGCAGCCAAGAGAUACCGAUGCCCGAAUUGCCCAAGUGUGACCUUCAGGAGACAUUGAAGAACUCAGCAUCUGGAACGGGGCUGGCUUUCAUCGUCUUCACAGAAGCCAUCAAUCAAUUUCCCUGGGCGCCCCUGUGGUCCGUCUUGUUCUUCCUGAUGCUCUUCACCCUGGGCAUCGACUCUGAAUUCGGUACCCUGGAGGGGGUCAUCACCUCCAUCGUUGACCUGAAGGUGUUCCCUAACCUAAGAAAAGAAAUUCUGACAGCCAUUAUAUGCUGCUUCUGCUGUGCCAUAAGCAUGGCAUUCGCCCAUGGCGCCGGGAAUUAUGUCUUUAUUCUCUUCGAUGACUUCUCUGGAAACAUUCCUCUACUCAUCGUGGCUUUCUUCGAGUGCAUCUCCGUCUCCUACGUCUAUGGACUCAGAAGGUUUAGUGACGACAUAGAAUUAAUGACAGGUAGCCGCCCAGGUGCCUUCUGGCUUGCAUGUUGGAAGUACUUUUCUCCGGCCGUUAUGCUGACCAUUUUGGGAGCUUCCAUCAUAAAACAGAUAUUUAAUGGGUCUAAAUACAUGGCGUGGGACUCCGAAUUGGGAGUUGUUAAAUACGAGCAGUGGCCCGCCUGGGCGUGGGGUCUUGUAGCUGUCCUGGUCCUAAUAUCUGCACUCUGGAUACCAGGCAUAGCCCUUACUAGGUUAUGUAAUAUUAGAGUAAUACAAGACGACGAACCUGCUUGGUUCCCUGUCGAAGAGCUUAAGGAAUACCAUACAGUUGUUCCACAUAAGAUAACAAGUAUAGAAAGGAAGAUGUUCUGCAUGAGAGAGGACGGGACGGAAGGUCUGUGUUGUCCUACAGGAGCCCCCCCUAAGGAAGAUGUAUAAAAGAAAAUGAGUAUUUACAGUUUUAGAUGAAAAUGGAACAAAGCCAUGUACCUUUCAUGGGUAACUAUAGGAGACUUAAAUAAGUUAAGAUAUCUCGAAAGGAGCAAUAGAGAUUGUCCUCUCUUACAGUUUAGACAGAUGUAUGGACGUUAUUGAUAAAAAAGGAAUAGUAUCCCGUAUGAUUUCAUUUUCUAGAUAGUGUACUAAUCAUGCGAAUAGUCAGAAAGAAGAGUCUAGCUGUCGCCUCUGAAGAAGCGCUUGCAUAAUACUCUCGUGAGGCUGCUUGCUUUCGUACUGUACCUUAUUUAGCUUUGGACUCCAAAAUCAAUCGCUGUUUUAUUAGUUGCGGAUAUAUACAUAUAAAUAUAUAUACACAUAUACAUAUAGGUAAAGUUAAGGUGCCUCUGAUCUGUUGAUGUAUACGUAGUUGUCCAAUGCUUUUUUUUCUUUCUGGUUAUAGUUCACAUGGCAUGGAAAUGACGUCCCAAACAUAAAAAACAAACAAACACAGGAACUAAACAAGUCUCCUGGAAAGAAGGGAAGACAGAUAGUCAGGGAGAUAAAUUCUCUGUUCAAACACUACAAACUGCAUACGAGGAGGGAGAUUCCAAAUAAUGACACGACUGAAUGUACAUAGUUUCUAAAUAGAAUUCUAUCUUCAGAGUCCUGUUCCCAUAAUGGGUAGCCCGCUGACUGCUGACACGAUGGCUCCACCAAGGUCCUGCUAAUUGCUAUCAAUAGUCUCUUAUCAUUAUCAAAGGCCUACUUAUAUGGCCGCGUCAGUCACCAGUCUGUGAUCGUGAGUGCCAUCAACUUGAUUAUUAUAUGAUAUCAAAUAAAUCGUUACAGAGUGCGCUACCUUCAGCUGCUGAGGGCAUCGAGCGAAGCUGAGAAAUAGCAUUAAUCAUGUCGACUUGAUUGCUUGAGCUGGUUACGACGGCACGUAACUUUUGACUGGCAUCAACGAUCUUACUAAGGGUGCUGGAAAUGCUUGUUGACCUCACUCACUCUUUGUUGUUAAUGAAAGCAAAUGUAUUCUCGUGUGGUUUUAAGGACUGACAAAUAAUGCAGUACCAGUUUCUUAUAGUCAUUCCACCCAAGCGCUUUUCGUCGCUGACACAACACUCCUUGACGAGCUUAUAUAGCCAAUUACAGGUUUGAAUAACAACUGGUUCAAGACAAGGUAGUUAGAAGCAUUUUCCCGGCGUGGUUUUCUCAAGAUCGAAAAUGUAUUGAUAUUUUCCGGCAAUAAUAGCUCAGAUGGUUAUAUCGCUCUAAGGGAUCUACAAACUUAUAAAUCACUCAGCUCCUUAGGAGAAAGGACGUCAAAACAAUAGAUAUAAAUCAGGAUUUAGGUUAAGGAACCCAAAACCUAAGGAUGCAUAUUCUUUAACCUUCCCUGGGGUUAUUGGGACAUGGAAGAUAGAGUUGAAAAAAAAAUGGUAAUUUGAUGAUUGCCAUUGUAAACGGGAGAGCCGUUGUAAACCCCUCGAGUUUUUUGACGGUCAAUUUUGACAGCAGUUAGUAGGGCCCUGGCAGUCAUAGGGACUGAAAAGGAAGAGAAGAUGUUUUCAUGCCACCUGCGCUGAAAUGUUGAGAGACAACUUUGCCGCCGUUGUUAUAAAAUGAGAGUAAUUUGUUACGUCAUAUUUGCACAAAUUCCAGCCUAACAAAUAAUUAUUGUUCUUUCACUCUGUUGGAUUAAAAAAGAAUCUGCACUUUAUUGGUGUUUGUUGAAAGACGUACUUGCACUCUUUCAAAAAACAUCAAUCCAAGCUGCGUAGAAAAUUGAGGUAAAUCAAAUGAAUCAACGUAUUUAUUACCUUAUGAUACUUCAGUUGAUAAUUGGUAAUCAGGUCUAUAUUCAUUUGAUGACUUUGCAAUUUAUUAAAAAAUAGGAUGGUCACUGUAAACUAUUGUGAUCAUGAUUCCCUUCGGAAAUAAAACAUCAUAACUUAAUAUACUAAGGAAGAAUUUGAUUAGGCUAAAAGGCACGCAAACUAGGAAACUGGGUAAUAUCGCUUACCUGUAAAAACUCAGAAUUUGAAGCUGAAUCAAAAUGCUAAGGUUAUAAUUAACUUUCAGUAUAUAAACAGCGAAUGUGCUCGCGGCAUAAUCGUGGAUUUGAAUGCUUGCUGAUCGUAUUACAGAAUUAUAGUGAGACUUCUAAUUGGCAGUAGUUAAAAAGAUACUGAUUUAUUGUCUCGUUAAAAUAAUAUAAACAUCUACCGUUUCUGUACUCCUCCAAUUACUGCACAAAUAGUAUAGAAUGGUAUAACUGACUAUGUUAUGUUGAUGAAAUACAAUUGUUAGUAUCUGAUGACUUAUGUCCAAUUUAUUGUUAUAUGAUGCGAUUAUCAUGAAAAAAGAGCAUCAGUCGUUACGUCGCUUUCUUGAAAUUUACGUCAGAAUUAAAGAGAAAGUGACAAUUGAUUAAAGUUAUUACAUCUAUAAUAUCGGUUCGUACGAGAGAAAAGUGACACAAGAAUUGAAAGGAAACAACAAAUGGUUAGAAAAAUGACUUCAAUCAUAAUAUAUCGGUUCGUAUUAGAGGAAACUCACAUCAACCUCUUUAUUAUUCCAUCUACAGUCAGUUCUUCUAUUCUUCUGUAAAGCGACCAGUCUGUAUGGGAGAACAAAGCCAAAAAUAAAAGAUAAGAACAAAACUGGUUCAGUACCUGUAAAGUACAGCAAAGUUCCGUGAUGCUUGCUCAACUCAACCGACGGUUUAUUUUCACGACGGCUCCCUUGCACGGAAAAAAUCCUUUUCGUUUUCUCGAAAAAGAAAACUCCUCCAUGAUAAAAAAAAAAAUAAACAAAAACAAAAAACAAAACAAACAAAUAAAUGAAUAAAUGUAAAAAAGAUAAAAAAA